CUCAACGAACGCAUUCGAACGGCAUUCGAACGGCUCAGACGACAGUCUCAAUUGUGAAGUUGAUCGCGUACGGAUCGUUUAUAAGAAUUUUGUGCGGCAAACUGGCGUAACAGAGUCACAUACGUGGAAUUCUAAAGAAUUUUGCAAAAAAAAAAAAACAAUCUUUUUGUUCUACAAACACACACACACACACAUAUAUAUAUAUAUAGUGUAUAUACUUCCAUACAGUGAAAACCAGUUUGUAAACAGAGGCGCGAAGAUGGCUAAAUACACUACAGACAAAGCGUUAUUCAAUGUCAGCCUGCGUAAUGCCUGCUUGGGCAUAUCGAUAUUCUUUCUGGUCAUGCUGGUGCUGGGCGUCAUUGCGCGACCGAGUUAUUUGCACAGCAGCUCUUCGCUCAUCGGUUUUAUCAUCGAACUGCUCGCCAAUUUGGCUUUGUUGUUUGGUGUUUUGUGGAGUAAUCCAUGGCUGGUGGCUGCAUGGCUUGUGGUCGCCGUUCUUUUCUUCAUUCACUGGCCAAUCGCCGUUUUGGGUGUAAUUUUCAAUUAUGGCGAUUAUCGUGCUGCUGCAUUUUUCGAUAAUGUUUUCCUUAUACUCUUCGAAUAUAUAUUGGCGUUGGUCAUUUUCGGCUACUGCUCAUAUCUAGUCUACUCGUAUUUCCAUCAAUUGCGGAACAGUCAGUCGGCUACACCACACGGCGUUGUAGUUUAAAUAUGUACUUAUACAGACGUACUACAUAUGAUGUACAUACAAACAUGCUGAGUACAAAAUUUAAAACGCCAAAAUAAUUUUUUUUCCUCUUAAUCUACAAAAUACAUACAUUUUAUGUGUGCAUUUUUUUUUUUUUAACUAUUAUACAGUUAAUAAGCAUUUUUAUCAUUUAC